AUGGCAGUCCACUUUGUGCUUUUGCUGUUCUUUGUCCUAAAUGGAGCUGAUGGGUCUCGUAUUGUUGGAGGCAGAGAUGCUCCCCCACACUCGCGGCCCUACAUGGCCUCACUGCAGUUUCGAGGUAACCACAACUGUGGAGGAGUGCUGGUGAGAGCAGACUUUGUGCUCACAGCAGCACAUUGUGAGAUAUCUAGACCGUACACAGUUGUGGUCGGAGUUGAUUCCCUGACAGGUAAUGAGUCGACAAAGCAGGAGUUCACCGCUGUUAGAUCAAUUCCACAUCCCAAUUAUGAUGGACAUGAAAAUGACAUCAUGCUCCUAAAGCUCAACCGCAAGGCCAACCUGACAGCAGCAGUGCAGCUAAUCCCCCUUAUGAGGGGCCGUCUAACAAGAACCAGUCCGUGCAUCACAGCUGGGUGGGGAGAUAUAGGUGAUAAUAACACCUUACCAAGCACGCUUCAGGAAGUCAACGUAACCAUCAUAUCACGGAGGUCAUGUCGUACAAGAUGGGGAAUGGUUCCCAUCACCGGGUCAAUGAUUUGUGGCACUGGUUCCGGUGUGUUUCAAGGCUUUUGCUCGGGUGAUUCAGGUGGUCCAUUGGUGUGUAAUGGAGAAACAGCAGGCGUGGUCUCCUUCUCUGGCCGGAGAUGCGGAGACCCCAGAACCCCUGAUGUCUACACGCGCAUUUCAUCCUUCAGGGAAUGGAUUACAACUGUACUGAACAACAAUUAGGAAAAUUAUGAUAAACAGUAGUGCGCAAAUAUGCUGUAUUGAAUCAUAUAGUUCAAGACUCUUAAAAUCUUAAAAAUCUUAAGAUAGUGCUGUGGUUGUUAA